CAGAACGACACCGAACGUUUUGAUGGCGGCGAAAGCAUGUGGUGUCUUAGUGCAUGGAUUUCCAACUUAAAAAGUGCUAAUUUCCGAACGAAGCAACGUUUCCUAGGAUAAAAACUACGUUAGCUCAUUCCUCUAAAGCAAUUGAUGGAAAAUUUUUGCGGACUUUGCAAGGCUAAAGGCUUGAAAAAGCAGCUGAUUUUGUUCCAGUUGAAUUUAGAGGAAGCCAUCUUGCUUUGUGAAAACAAGGAGGUGAGCUCCUUUUCUGGUCAUCUUUUAGCUUUGCAACUUUCCUUACUUUAUUUUAUUGCACUAAAUUAUUGGAGGGAUAUUAUUUCAGCUUAACUUUAGCUCGUGUUUUGUUUCUUUUUUUGCAGUGUGUCUACCCCCUUGGUGUGUCAAGCAAUGCCACCUUAAUCGUAAAACGCCAAGCUUCUGAGGUUGUAAACUUUAAGCGAAAACGGAAAAAGAACUACAAACAAGGAAAAAAUGAGGUAAUAUAUGCAUUAGUGAGUUACCCUACUAUGCUUAUAGAGAAGAAAACCUACAAACUAAUUAACUUGGACGUCAAAAAUACAACUUACGAGCGCAAAGUUAUUAUCAUGGAGCAGCUGAAAACAGCUUUAAUUGAGAGUCAAACUUGUCAUUGAUGUGGUACUAUUCAAAAGACUCGGUUUUAUGAGUGUGUUCCUUUUGUCUACAUCUAGAGAAAGCCUCUUUCUUAUUGUCAAUAUAUAUGGAAUUUUAUUUUUUGCUUUUAAUUUUGUAAAAUAUGGACAUCUUGCAAUCAUGCAUGCUAUGUUUAAACUUCUUUCAGCUGUUCUGAAAAUUAUUAUCUGCCAAAACAAUUUAAACAAUUAUUGGAUGUGUCUUCUUUGAUAUGUGCAAUAAUCAAGCGGCUUCCGCUGAUAACUCUUGCUUUGUCCUUGAUUAUUCUGGAUGUCCUAGAAAAAAAUGUUCGUUUCAUUAUGCAUUAUUUUAAAAAAUAACAGGGGAAAUGCAACAGUGUAUAGAGAACAAUUUCACUUUUAUUCAAAGAGGUAUCAAAUUUAUAGGAAUUGUGGUAAGAUUUCUGUAUUUGUUAUGCAGACAUGUUUCAACUCUAUUCAUAUUAUACUUUUUGUGAGAAAAAGUAUGAAAUUGCGGCAUGCAUAUUAAUGUGUGGGGCUAUACAAAAAUAUAACUGGAAGUGCCAUUGACAAUUGUGUUGUGUGCACUGCAUGCUUCAGCUCUGAUACAAAAGUUUGGGUUUUUUUUUUCUUUGUUAUUCACUAUCACAUAGUUUACUUUGCGUGAAUAUUGUCGAGCAAAACAAAACAUUCAAGAGGUAUCGGCCUUGCAUGCUGCCAUAAUAAUGUUUAUUUAGAACCAUGCUUGUAUGCCAUUAACUAGUAGAUGAUUAAUUUGGAAACUCUAUAAAAAAAAGAGUCUUGCCAUCAUAAUAUUAAGAAGAAUGAAGAAAGAAUGGCAAAAAAAUGCUCUUUUUUUACCCGUGCUCCGCUACAGGUACAUGCACAGGGAUUUCAUUAAGAUCUCAAGUUGCAGGGUAAAUACAACAAGUAGGCGGGGAAUCAAACAGUUGCAGAUUUCUUUUGGUUCUAUUUUUCUUCUGUUUCCUGUGAAAGCAGCCGGGAGCCAUGUUCAUAGCAGCCAGCGGAAUCCUGGCCCCCGGUUCUUACUGACAGCACUGCAUGUGUCUGAAAGCCUAGAACAGGCUACCUCAAGAACAUUGUCAUCACCAGAGCCUCCUGGGGGCCUGAGCAUGAGAACCAGUAGGCUCUGGGGACACAGGAUUUUUGAAGUCCUAAAUGUUAGGACUUCCAGUCAUUUCCGAUUCAGAUGCAAGUUGGAGGAUUCUCUUUUAAAAUCUUUGAAUCACCUAAAUUUACAGUCAUUGACACUUCUGCAAGAGCAAGUGAACGCUAUUAGAAACAUUGUAGAAAAUCAGAAAUGACCGGAAGUCCUAAAAUCUAGGACUUCAAAUCCUGUGUCCCCAGAUUCCCCAUCUUUUAAUUCGUGGCAUAUAUGAACCUUGCGCCAGUUCUAAAUUGCUUGUAAUUCCACAAAUGACCGGCCAGGCCGAAGUGCUCCACAGAAAAUGUGACACUUUUGUUCUUACUUCACUUUUUUAUUACACAUUUAUUUCACUUACUUUUGUUUGUUUGUAUCUCAAGAACUACGCAUACAUGUAGGUGAACACAAUGUUUAUUAUUAUUGUCUGUGUUUAUUCAGGAAACAGAAACUGCUGCUUUGAAAUUCAGAUGUCUGGACAGUUACCUUCACUGGAAAAACAUCAAUUCCCUUUGCUGGCUACACUCUCUUCUGUCUUUAAUUGUACACAAUGUUACACUGUCCACUCUCACUCACAAUGUAGACUCAUUAUUAAGAACACUGACUGACUCAUUCAACAAAGCACAGGAACUUUCUUCAGUUAACAGAGAGCAGGCAGAGAAAGGCUUGGAAGCUGCCAGGGAAAAAGUGUGGAAGUAUUUACAGCCCAAAAUGAAGUGUGAGCAUGGAGUGAAUGACAGUCCUGUUACUGCAUUGCCUCUUCUGUUGCGUGAAAAUUGUACAUUGUUGGAGAAAACUCUGCAGAGUUAUCAGUGGAAAUUUAGUUGCUGUGCCUGUGGGUAUCGUCAAGUUGACAAGUAAGGUUUAAGCGUUAUCAAUAGAUCAUUAAUACAUGCAGUAUCCAGGUACACAGGGAUUUCGCUAAGAGCUAGCUGCUGGCUGAUUUCACUGGCUGAAAAAGAGCUUACCAGCAGCUUAAAUUGCUCUGGAAAAUAAAGACAUGGGGUGGGUGGUAUAGAUGAGUAAGAAAGCCAGCUUGAUUAAUAAAACAGGCCUGUUUAGCUUUUCCUUAGCUACAUCCCUGCAGAAACAUAUCGUACUGUAAUUUUCAUUUAGAACUAGGGUGUCAAACUGUCUGUUGUUAUAUGACCCAAUGUGCAGCUGUAUAUAGCUAAUUUUCUCCUGUUUAGACUACGACCAUUUGUAAUUAUUAUGUUUGUAGUCUGAACAAGUCAUUUUCAACAUUUAUUAAACUUGGUGUAAUGCUCUUAACUGAACCCUAGGAGUCAAGAUUUUGUUUUUCCCUAAAUCGUGUUAAGUUAAGCUACAAGCAUUAGUGGGGAUUCUGUGACAGUGAAGAGCUGCACAGAAUGGCAAUGUUGAGUUGGGCUGCAAGGCUACAAAGUGAUGCGAUGGCCUCAUCUCCGCCACCACCUACAGCAUCAGAAACAGUGGAAAAGUCUAUAGAUAUUCUUUGUUCCCCUUUUUUCUUUUUAUGAAUGGGUUAUCAAACAUCCCAUUAAUAGAAUAACUAUUUUAAGUAGUUAUGAUUGUGAAUUGUAAUCUUUUCAUGUCUUCAAUACAAGCCAGCAACACUCCUUACUUCAUUUGAGGCUAUACUCUGGGCCCAUUUGUUCGAAGGCUGAUUAGCAUUAAACCAGGGUUAAAUUUUACCUGGGUUUCUCUCUCUUUCAUUUAAAAGCAUUUUCUUCUAUAAUUUUCUCUUUUCUUUUUAGAGCAUCCAAUUGUCAAAUUGUAGGCAGAAAGACUUAAACUGGAUUUGCUUAUUAAGCUUUCAUAUCUGAAUUCAAAUUUAGUGCUAACCCUGAGUUAUCUUAACCCUGCUAAUCACAUUGCAUGAAUGUUUGCUCUUACAGAAGGAGAAAACACUUGGUAACUUUCCCGAAUGUAGCAGAUGGCUUUGACCUUGAGGAUCCAACAUUUUUACGUCCUUGCUUCAAAUGUGGUGCCCCCAAGCAGAGAAGCAUGCUUGUGUAUGACAGGCAAGUGAAUUUUAAUGCAUGCAAUUGCACUAUGAUCUGUUUAUUUUACUGCGCUUUUCACAAACAUGCGAACUCUGAAGUUCAAAAGCCGAGUUCACAAUUGUGUUUUUUGCUGCCGUCAAUCAUAAUUACGAUCACAAGCAACGAACCUUGAAACACAGAAACACGCAAAACGGAUCGAAAUCCACCAAUCACAGAUCAUAAACCUUGACCUUUUGAACCUGUUGAAGUAAAGUUUUGUUUCCUAAGAGGUCCGUUAAGAUGAUUGAUGGCAGUGAAAAACGCAAUCGUCAGUUGGCUUUUGAACUUCAGAAUUUGCAUGUUUGUGAAAAGCGCAGUAAGCCUCUCUUUCCUAAAAAUAAUUGUUUAAUAUUAUUUUUAGAGGUUACCAACAUGUAUGCGAUCUUCAUAACAUCUGGGGUGUGCAAGGUAUAAUGCAUUAUUGACCCAGCGUGAGGUCAAGAUUGGCCAAGUUUUUUUUUGUGUUUUAAUUAUAUGGGAGAAAAGAGAACUUUUUCUUGCGGGAUCAAUUUGGGAAAUCUCGGGCGGGCAAGAUGGAUGGCCAAUCGGAGUGAAGGAUUCUCUUCAUCUUGCCCGCUCACAGAUUCAUCCAUAUUUGAGCCAUGGAGACUUGACGACUGGAUUUUAUUUCAUAUUCUGAUGAUGAUGAUGAUGAUAAAACAUGUGGGGUAUUUCUGCUUUCCCCAGAUACCCUGAGGGACAACCAUUUAUUGGAGCUCAUUAAAUAGUAUUGUUUACAUGUAGGAUUAGGAUUUCUGACAUCAUGUUUUGUCAAUCUAAUAGUUUUGUUUAUUUCAAAUGUAUCUUUUUUAGUUUGAUCUGGGUUUGUGCUGGUCUUUAAAUGGCAUUGUUUUCUGUAAGACAAAGGAACUGUAAGAUUUCAUUGUCACUUAGUUAAAUGCAGUAGUUAAACGUGUCGAAUAAAUUGCCAGCUACUGUAAGACCACAACAAAGUAUCACCACAUCACUCUGAUGUGCUAGUCAUAAGUUAAAAAAGGAUUCUGGUCAUACAAUGUAGUAGUAAAGUAACGCCAUCAUGCAAAUGGCCUAUUUUAAAAAAAAAAGGUGAAAAAAAUGAGUACAGUAGAACCUCGAUAUGACAAACCCCUAUAUAAUGAAGUCCUUGGUAUAACAAACAAUAUUCUCUUUACCCAAGUGAUAGUAAAAGUAUAAUUAUGAACGAGAAUCUUGAUACAAUAAAACCUUGUUAUAGAAAACAGAUUUUGCCGUUCCCUUGGUCCUUCGUUAUAAUUCAUCGAGGUUCCACUGUUAAUGAAAUUCUGUUCAGUAAAAUCUUCAGGAAAGGUUGUACCUUGAAAGGAAUGUUGAUCAUGGAUUUACGUUUCCUUGGCAGGAUGCCCGAUUGUAUUUUCUUACACUUCGAACAAGGAUUGCAGCAUCCAGGAUUUGAGGACCUGGAAUUGAAUGCAGAAGAUGGUCACUAUGUGAUGACGCAGUUUAUUCAGUACAAAAAGAAUCCUGAUCACUUUGUCUGCUGGGCAAAAGAGCCUCGAGGUAUUAAUUAGCACAGGGCUAAAAAUAAAGUCUGAAGGUUGCUAUUGUAAUCUUUAAGCGGGCUAGGGAAUUGGGAAGACUUUGGACACCAAUAGCUAGGGCCCGGUUGCAUAAAACACUGUAACAACUACGGGUAUACGUACGUGCACUCGUUACUUAAGUGAGUUGUAUUAAAUCACUUAAGUGGACCACUAAGGGAAUUCACUUAAGUGGCUGCGAUUUUUGUAAGUGUACACUUUCAUAAAACUUUUUUAUGAGAAAAAUAGCACAUAAGUUUACAGGACCUACGUACAUGUAGGUCCUGUAUCCUUACUGUUUUUACUAAAAGGUUAACAAGAUCUAUUCUUGAGAAGUGAAAAAAGUUUAUUCUUUACUUAAUUCGUUCUAAUGCGCUUUCUUAACCUCUGAGGUACACUUUAAUGCCACAGUUGAGAAAAAAGAAGAAGAACAAUGGUUUUCAGUAGACAUCGAAGCAAAAUAUCGAUUGCAUACAAAUUUUAUUUCAAUGAGAGGCUUAAAAGUGUUCUAGACUACCAGACACUUUGUUUACACUCACCAAUGAUUAGCUUAAAAAAGUAGAGUGAGUCAUUAAUAAAGUACUAUAACAAAGUUACAUGUGCCCUUAAGUGAACCCAUAAAUUAUCAUGUAAAACAGAAACUUGGGAGAUUGCUUAGUGCAUUCUAUGCAACACCUGUAAGUGUACCCAUAACGGAUUCAUAAGUGACCUACUUAAGAUGAUGUUACACGAGACGAUUUUUAGCGCAAUACAGUGUUCCAACAUCGUUUCGAAUAGUUCCAACAUUGUUCCAACAUUGAAAUGCUAAAAAUGGUAGUGAAUCGUCCCGUGUAACAUCACCCUUGAGUGAGCACUUAAGUGCAGAUUUUAUGCAGCCAGGCACAGGUUAUUUUUGCAUGGGCCACUUAGAAUUGAGGGAAUAAAUUGUGCCUGAACUGUCCUCAAAGCAGUGUAGUCAAUUUUUAGCCCUGUUAGGAAAACUGAAGUUCUUUGUUGUUGAUCCAAGAGUCAUCAGCUGAAAACCAAAAACAGGAAAAAACUUGACAGAGUUUUCUGGAGAGGUGGAUGAUUUAUGCCACUGAAAUACUGGAACAUACUAAUGACUUGUGUAGCAAUAAACUAACUAAUUAUUUCAUUGGGGUUUUGUAGAUUUCACAAAAAUCAACUUUAAGCGCAUUUAGUCUUUUUUUGUAGCUGUACUUAAUACAGUGCAUGCAAGCAUGUUUAAACAUGUUUGUUCGAUUUUGAAUGAGUCACUACUUUCUUUAGCAUCCUUGAAGAGGUUCAUGGUUGGGGAGCAAGGUUGGGGAGCAAGGGAUGGUGCAGUGGGGGGAGCGCUCGCCUCCUACCAAUAUGGCCUGGGUUCAAAUCCCCGCGUCGACACCAUAUGUGGGUUGAGGUUUUUGUUGGUUCCGAGAGGCUUUUCUCUGGUUACUCCAGUUUUCCCCUCUCCUCAAAAACCAACACUUCCAAAUUCCAAUUCGACCAGGAAUCAGGUAGACAAAGAACCACUUUGUGGAUGUGCUACCUCUAAAUCAUUGUUUAUUGAUUUAUUUAUAAUUGUGGCAAAAAAAGACAAACAAGUAAAUAAUGUACUUUGCAUAAUUAUCUGACUGGAUAGUAAAACUUGACAACUCUACUUCAUUUUCUCUUGUCAGGAAAAAGGUGGAUGGAAGUGGACGACUUGAAGUCACCAGUCUGUAGAUGGAGUUCUGCACUUCCUGUUGUCUCUCCGUCUGAAGUACACAUUGCAGUAUGGGAGAGGCAAAAUGCAUUUGUUCAAUCUCCACAAUACUCUGCAACCAGGACAAUAACGGCAAAAAACAUUCCAAAUGAGCCUGCUAGUGAGGUAAAACAAAAUUUUCCGGCAUCAAGGACUGUAUUAAUGCCCUCAUUAAGAACUGACAGUAACAUGAACUUAAUUUCUCACGGGAAUGAUGAGCGAAGACUUUUUUCACUGUCUCACCGGAGUGCACUGUCACGACUACCUCCAGUAUUGUUAAGAAGUCGACUGCUGUUCCAUGAGUCAACCCACAAACUGGCCGUCGGGAAGUUUGAACCUUACAUUCCAAGGAAGAAGAGAAUAGUCAGCUAUAGUUGUCCAAAUUCUCCUCUUUGUGCAAAGUCAGAUGCGGAAACGAGUGCAACACCUCUUUCUAGUCCAGGGUUACCGGCACCCUUCUUAACAUGGCAGGACAUUAAAGAACAAAAUAAGAAAUUCAAAAGUGAUGAAUUGCAAAGUGACAGUGGUUAUUCGAGUCCAGCUUCCGUUAGCUCAUGCAGUAGUCUUCCUUCUUGCUCAUCCAGCAAUGGUGAUGCGGUUGUGGAUUGUUCAGAAGUUCUUAAUGUGCAUUCUGAUGAAAAGCAAGGCUUUGAACAUUGUGUUGAUGCAAGAUCUUCCGCAAAGGAUACUUUGUCUAAUUGUCAUUCAAACACAGACUUGUUACAGGGAGUUUCAAAUUGCACCAUCAGUGAUUCAGACUCUUGUCGUUCUGCUGAUUUGGCAAACAAACUGGAGGAGUUGUUACCUGACUGCCUGCUUGAGAAUCCAGAGAGGUCUCUACAAAGCAGUGCAAUAAAGGAUGAUCAGAAAUUAAAACUUGCAGACUUUGAGAAAUUGUCUGAGGAGCAGGAUAAAUUUAUUCGUGAUUUAUUGGCAGCUUGA